UCACAGAGAUAACGAGGAAGAAUUAGAGCUUUCCCAUGAAAUGAUAGUGGAACUAACGUUGGUCAGAGCUAUUGGCGGGAGUAAACCAGCUACUUAAUUUACCGGGAUAAACCGAUUUAAGGUCUGAGGAUAAACACAGAUUUACGAAAGCCAACGGCUAAUGCUAACGGCUAACAGCCAACGACACGACAAAACUACUGACGGUCAUCAGGGUCUCUGAUAUGAGCAGCUCUGCUCCUAGGAAGAGGAGGGCAGCAGGAAGUCCUCUUGUGUCCCGACCUGGCGUUAAGACCUGCAGAGCGACUAGCACUAGGAGGAGGGCUAAUGCUAACAGAGUAGCUAAUGCUAACAGAAUGGCUAACAGGAUAGCUAAUGCUAGCACAGCUCCUGAUGGUGAUUCGCCGCCCUCCACAGAGACCAUUGAUGUGAUGGACAACACCGAGGACAGUGUUGAGGAAGUGGUGGACCUGACCUGUGAGAGCUCAGAGACGACCGUGGUGGACCUGACCAACAACGACUCUGUACUGCUGCUGGAUGAAGGUCCUCAGAACCAAAGAGUCUCCACAGGAGAAAGUUAUGUAGUCAGCAGUGAUGAAGAUGAGGACACACCCCCUGUUCACAACGCCAUGAUUAUGUCCUGUCUACACUCAAACAGCUCCUCCAGGUCGACUCCAGGGACCAUCAGCUGUCCUGUCUGUCUGGACUCGUACUCUGAGAUCGUCGAGAGCGGCCGAUUGGUUGUUUCCACUAAAUGUGGUCACGUGUUCUGUAGCCAGUGUCUCAGAGACUCUCUGACAUCAUCACACACCUGUCCUACCUGCAGAAAGAAACUAACCCACCGACAGUACCACCCCCUCUACAUCUGAUGACAGAGUAGUCCCUGCAGGAGCAGAGCUGUGUUAAAGUAAUCCUUGAUGGAUUAUUGGUGGAUUAUCGUUGGAUUAUUGAUGAUAAAUUGAUGUAAAUAAUGGAUCUAGUUUUCUUGGUUCUGUGUUCUGUUUGUUUGUGUUUUCUAUAAACUGACAAACCAAUAAAAGUUCAGUAAAUAUA